UUUGUCCAAUGAGAGAACACUUGGGGGCUGAAGGCAGACUGCUGUUUACUCUAGUGCACUACCUAGCUGAUUCGCAUCUUUUUUGUUUCUUUUAAAUUAACAGAGACAAUGAUGUGUGAAAGAUACUUUGUCAUGAUCUUUGCACUGCCGAGGCAACAAGACUCUUCCUGAUUGCUAUAAGAACCUGAAGACACCUUCAUCAUGACCCUGUCAGAUUUCAUUGGAGCUUUGAAGGACAACCCUUACUUUGGAGCAGGCUUUGGGCUUGUUGGCAUUGGCACAGCACUUGCAGUUGCCCGAAAGGGGGCACAGAUUGGCAUGAUCUUCUUUAGAAGACAUUACAUGAUCACACUGGAGGUCCCCAGCAGAGAUAAAAGUUAUCACUGGCUGUUAAGCUGGAUUACAAAACAUGCCAAACACACGCAGCAUCUAAGUGUUGAGACCUCUUAUAUGCAGCAUGAGAGUGGGCGAGUCCAUACACAGUUCGACUUUCAUCCCAGUCCGGGCAACCACAUUAUUUGGUACGGAAGGAAGUGGAUCAGAGUGGAGAGAACCAGAGAGAAGCAGAUGGUGGACCUGCACACUGGAACUCCAUGGGAGUCUGUCACCUUCACUGCUCUGGGUAGAGACAGGCAGAUAUUCUUCAAUAUACUCCAAGAAGCUCGUGAACUUGCUUUAAGACAAGAAGAAGGUCGGACUGUGAUGUACACUGCCCUUGGAGCAGAGUGGAGGCCUUUUGGGUUUCCUAGGCGACGGCGGCCCCUGUCAUCAGUGGUUCUGGAGAAUGGAGUGGCAGAGAGGAUUGUUGAUGAUGUGAAGGAGUUCAUCGGCAAUCCCAAGUGGUACACUGACAGAGGUAUUCCAUAUAGGAGGGGCUAUCUGCUGUAUGGACCCCCAGGCUGUGGGAAGAGCAGUUUCAUAACUGCGCUGGCAGGCGAGUUGGGCUAUAGCAUCUGUCUAAUGAGUCUCAGUGACCGCAGUCUGUCUGACGAUCGUCUCAACCACCUGCUGAGCGUCGCUCCACAGCAAAGCAUCAUCCUACUGGAGGACGUGGAUGCAGCCUUCGUCAGCCGCGAGCUGAUACCCACAGAGAAUCCACUGGCCUAUCAGGGCAUGGGAAGACUCACUUUCAGUGGACUUUUGAAUGCUCUGGAUGGAGUGGCAUCUUCAGAGGCCCGAAUUGUGUUUAUGACUACUAAUUUCAUUGAAAGAUUGGACCCCGCUCUUGUAAGGCCUGGACGGGUUGAUCUGAAGCAGUACGUGGGCUACUGCUCCCAUUGGCAGCUGACUCAAAUGUUCCGGAGGUUUUACCCUCAGGAGUCUGCGGCUGAGGCCGAGCGAUACGCAGAGCAAGCGCUGGCAGCACACCCAGAGCUUAGCGCCGCUCAGGUUCAAGGACACUUCAUGCUCUAUAAAACAGACCCGGUUGGCUCUAUCAAAAAUAUCGAUAAGAUAAAGAUGUGA